UUCCAUUUCCGUACACAAAACUACUCAACUGUUGACGUGCGUUGCACAAAAAUCACUUGUUUUCAGUUUCACAAUAAAACCGGCCAAAGGUAUUCUUCUAUAAACCGAGGGUAUUUUUGUGUGGAUUGUGUUUUGAAACAUAAAGGAAAAUGGAGACAUUGUACCAUCAAACAAAUAAGCAAAUCCAGGAGGUGCAGUCGCUCAUGGGACGCCUGGAGAACACAGAUCAUCAGUCUGUCCACUUGUUGGAGAACGAUCUGCAGGCCAGAAUCGACCAGAUCUUCAGCCAUUUGGAACGUCUGGAAAUCCUGGCUAGCAAAGAACCGCCAAACCGCCGUCAGAACGUCAAACUGCGGGUAGACCAGCUGAAGUAUGAUGUUCAGCACCUCCAGACGGCGCUGAGGAACUUCCAGCACCGUCGCUACUCACGAGAGACCCAGGACCGAGAGAGGGAGGAGCUCAUGAGUCGUACCUUCACCACCAACGAUGCAGACACCUCCAUCCCCAUAGACGAGACGUUGCAGUUAAACUCCAACCUGAACAACGCACACAGAGGCAUGGACGACCUCCUGGGCAGCGGCAGCAGCAUCCUCACCGGACUCCGGGACCAGAGGGACACGCUCAAGGGGACCCACAAGAAGAUGCUGGAUGUGGCCAACAUGCUGGGUCUGUCCAACACGGUGAUGAGGCUGAUCGAGAAGAGGGCCACCCAGGAUAAGUUCGUCAUGAUUGGAGGGAUGCUGCUCACCUGUGUGGUCAUGUUCCUGGUGGUCAAGUACCUGGGCUGACCAUGACCGCGUCCGCAACCACAGUUUUGCGUUGGUCUUGGACAUUUUUGCACAGUAAGCCCAUAAGAUACGUGAACAGUGAUAAAUUAGUCUUCUAAUCGGAGAGUUCCCUGAAAGUAUUGGUUCCCAUCGGAAGGCGAGGAAUUAUCCGUCUUUUAACUUCCAUAGGUUUUGUCACGCACUUCUAUUUCAACCACUCUUUGUUUGCACCAGUAAAAUGGGUGCUAAGCAAGACGUACACCCCGAGUGUACAAAACAUUAAGGACGCCUUCCUAAUGUUGAGUUGCACCUUUUUGCCCUCAACAGCCUCAAUUCAUCUGGGCAUGGACACUACAAGGUAUUGAAAGCAUUCCACAGGGAUGCUGGCCCAUGUUGAUUCCAAUGCUUCCCACAGUUGUCAAGCUGGCUAGAUGUCCUUUGGGCGGUGGACCAUUAGUGAUACACAUGGGAAACUGUUGAGUGUGAAAAGCCCAGCAGCAUUGCAGUUCGACACAAACCGGUGGACCUGGCACCUACUACCAUACCCUGUUCAAAGGCACUUUUAUGUCUUGCCCAUUCACCCUAUGAAUGACACACAUACACAAUCCAUGUCUCAAGGCUUACAUUUUUUUUAAAACCCAUAUCCUCCAUGUAUAGUGCUUUGAAGUGAAUUUAGCAAGUGACAUCAAUAAGGGAUCAUAGCUUUCACCUGGUCAACCUGUUAUGGAAAGAGCGGGUGUCCUUAAAGUAUUUGACACUGAGUGCAAACUUUAAUUUGACUUCAAACUGAACGUGGAACCUUUGCAUCCAUAAUUCCAGCUCACUGACACCUGCCGGUCAUCCACCUGCCAGCCUCUGUGUGAAGCUGUAGGUGGGUGAGAAGGACAAUGCAAUAUGACUGGUUACCUUUUUUUCAAACCAAUUCUCUACUUGCUUGCCUUAGUCUCCCCUAUAAUGAGUUCUCCGUUACCUUGUGGAUGGCAUUCAUUGUGGUUUCAUCUAAACCAUCUAUUUGAAGCAUAAUUUUACUGUUUGCUGCCAUUGUUCCCAAAUGAGGAUGAUUCUAGAAAUGGACAGAAAAAUAGUUAUCUGGAAAUGGAUGAAAAGCUGAUGUUUUACCUUACCUCAUCACUGGAGAAUACUUAUGCCAGAUUAAUCAAUACAUGUAUUUAGUCCAGGUAACAGGGACCUGUGCCCAAGAUACAGACUGAUAGUGAGAACAAAACGUGUUAUGUGAAACUAUCUGAACAAAGUGUAUUGUUGUCACACUUUCAAAAUGUAAAUUAUCUGGACAUUUUCUUGGCCCUAGUCUCACUAUGUUAGUGCAACCAAGGUUCAAAUUGUAAUUCUCUGGAGAUAAUUUUUAAAAACAUGUCUUAAUCUGUC